AUGAAUAAGUACAAGGAAUACAUUGAUACAUGGAAUCUAAUAUACAAUUUAAAUUCAGAUGAAAUAAACUCAACAACAGGAUUAUACAACGAAAUCAAAGAUAACUUGAUAGAUGCUGGAUAUUUUACACCACAAGAGAUGAUUCAUUCGAUGAGAAAAGUUGGGCUUCAUAGAUUAAAAUAUCGUCAUGCAUACCUAGAGUUAAUGAAAAGAAUAUAUGAAGAAUAUCAUUGUGAUAACGAUUUUGACAUCAGAUCUCUUUCGGAAGCAGAUACUGCUAAUCCAAUUAAUGAAAUUCUAUUAAAUGAUGAUCAGAAAAAAUUAUAUAAUUUUUUAAGACUGGGAAAUCACAAUCUCAAUGAAAUACUUCAAUUUUGUUGCGAACAAGGCGCAGUUAAUUGUUUCUGGGCACUAAUAAAUACAAACAAAGUGCAGAUCACAAAAGAAUGCCUUGAUUCUUCAUUUCUAGGAAACAAUAAAGAAAUUAUCAAAGAAUGUUUGAGAGCACAAAAACCCGAUUCAUCUACAAUGGAAAAUGCAAUUGCAUCUCAUAAUAUGGAUAAUGUUAUGAAAUUGAUAAAUAAAUACCAAUUAAAAAUUCCUCUAGAUAAAUGCGCUGAUCACAAAAAUCUUCAAGUAUUUCUUGAAUAUUUAAAACAAACUAAUGAUAUCAACGGAUGUUUUGUAUAUUCUCCUGCUUUUCAUAUUCAGUCUCUUUGUGAAUAUUUUCUUUCAAAAGAUGCAGAUAUUAAUUAUGUGCAUCAAAAUGGUGACACAGCGCUUUCUGUUGCAGCUAAAGAAAAACAUAAUGAUAUUGCAAAAUAUCUGAUUAUGAAAGGAAGUGAUAUUGAUCAAAAGAUAUUUCCGUCUGGAUCUGCAUUUAAUAUUGCGGUGAAUCCAAACAACACUGAAUUGGUGGAGUUGCUCAAUUCACAUGAGGCCAUUAUCGAUCAAAUAGGAGAUAUUACCCACUUAACAUCACUUCAUAUUGCAACCAUAAAUAAUAAUAAAAAAGUUGUAGAAAUUCUAAUUUCACGUGGUUCAAAAAUAAAUACCAAAGCAACUAAACAUGGAUUUACUCCUCUAUAUUUAGCAUUACUAUUUAAUCAUAAAGAAAUUGCUCAAUUACUUAUUUCACAUGGUGCAAAAAUCAACACAACAGACUUUGAUGGAAAUAAUGCUAUUAUUUAUGCAUUAAUGCAUAAUUCUAGAAAAGUUAAGGAACCAUUACUUAAGCAAUUGGAUAUAAUUUGUAAUUUCCCUGAUGAUUAUAAAAAUUCUUUAAUUUUAGGAAGUAACAAUAAUGAUAUGAUUGAAUUUCUGAUUUCAAAUGGUGCAAAAGUCAAUAGGAAAAAUUUUUAUGGAAAUAGACCUCUUCAUAUAGCAGCAUUAUUAUCUAAUAAAGAAGGCGCCGAAAUAUUAAUUUCUCAUGGUGCUGAAAUAAAUUCUUUAAAUAAAAAUGGUCAGACUCCUCUUGAUAUUGCUGUUAUGCUUAACAAGAAAACACAUGAAGAUAUUCUCAAAAAUAAUAAAAUUGAAAUGAAUAUUGUUCGCGAAAAUAACAUUGAUUUUCUUGAUUCUUUGAUCGAAGAUUCCGAAAUGGAAGCUCUAUUAAAAUCACAUGGGGAAAAACUAAUCCAAACAGCAAAUUAA